UGUAAAUACUGACAGAAAUAAAAAGGCACCUUCAAAAAGAUGAGACUUGUGGUGGCAGGAGCAGAGAAGACUUGAUGAACGAGACCUGCUUUUACAUCUCUCUAUCUGACAGCUGAAGAAACAGCAGUCUGAACCAGUCCAGAACAUAAGUAUGAAGUUUAGCACAGCUUUCAGUGUUGUUGGAGUUAUAUUUCUCAGCAUAGCAGGUUCUCUCUGCCAGUUAGAUGUGUGUGGUCGAGCCCCUCUCAAUGUCAGGAUUGUUGGAGGGAAUAAUGCGACGGCAGGAGAAUGGCCGUGGCAAGUCAGGAUUCGUGUCCAUAAAUAUUUGUGUGGCGGGACUCUGAUCAAUAAAGACUGGGUUUUAUCUGCAGCUCACUGCUUCGAGGAGUCUAGUAAUGUCAGUGAUCCUGUGAUGUACUUUGGGCGUCUGAAACAAUCCGGCUCAAACCCUCAUGAGAUAAUCAGAACAGCGAGUCGAUUCAUCACCCAUCCUAACUAUGACAGUUCUACUUUCAACAACGACAUAGCACUGAUCCAGCUCUCCUCUUCUGUGAAUUUCUCUGAUUACAUUAAGCCGGUCUGUCUGGCAGCAGCUGGUAGUGUAUUUUCUGCAGGUACAGAGAGCUGGGUCACUGGAUGGGGCAGGCUACAAUACAAUGAUACCAAGGUUACUGAUACACUGCAGGAGGUGAUGAUACCCAUUGUGAACAACAGUGACUGUGAUAAAGCUUAUAGAGGGCGCAUCACAGGCAAUAUGAUUUGUGCUGGAUUGUUAAAUCAGGGAGGAAAAGGAUCAUGUAAGGGAGACUCUGGAGGUCCAAUGGUCAGUAAGAAAGACUCCCUGUGGAUUCAGUCCGGCAUUGUGAGUUUUGGAAAGAGCAAUGGAUGUGCUCAACCCGAAUAUCCCGGUGUGUACACCAGAGUCUCUCAGUACCAGGACUGGAUCGAGACUUACAUAAGUAGCAACCCACCUGGAUUUGUUGAAUUCAAAUCUGAUGUACAGCAGUCACCUCCAACUACAACUACAACUCUAACAUCCAACUCCAACUUCAGAAGUGUGCCCAACCUCCUCUUAUCUUCCCUUUCUCUCAUGUUCUCCAUCAAUCCUUUCACCUUCUCCCUCUUUCUCUCUUCCUAAAGAUUGUUUGAACAGAAAUUCUCUGGGUUUCUUUGAUGAAGUGGACAGUUGUGCUGUACAUGUCAUUUAUAUGGUCAUUUAUUCUUUAUCUUUUUAAAAAUGUGUGAUUCAUGAAAAGCUCUCUUAUUGACAUUAUAAGAGCAUACACUAAUGAAGUUCCUGCUUCUGCACUCUGAGAUUCAGCAUGUUUUCAUAAAUAGUAGAGAUGAUC